UCUGCAUAGUCAACUCAAUUUGUUUUCAUUUUCUCGAAACCAUGUAUUUUCUCCUUGUCAUCCCCCAUUUCGCUUUAUCCCUCCAACUUGUCAAUAUAAAUUCAUGUUUGUCCUCGUCCAAUUUCAGUCAUUCUCAAGCUCCUUCUUCUUCUUCCUUUGUAAAUUAGAGAAAGUUUUCUGAUAUGGGUAGUGAAGUACUUCAUCAUGAUUAUUCUCAGCUUAACAUUUUCUUCUUCCCCUUCAUGGCGCAUGGCCACAUGAUCCCUACACUCGACAUGGCAAAGUUAUUCGCCACCCAUGGCGCAAAAACAUCCAUUAUCACCACUCCUCUGAACCUCCCUUUCUUCUCUAAAUCAAUCGAAAGAUUUUCCAAACAAACCGGUUUGGAAAUCGGCGUCAAGCUCCUCAACUUCCCGUCCGUCGAGGUAGGUUUGCCGUCGGGAUGCGAAAACGCCGACUCUCUCCCGGCAGGAGAACCACUCAUUGUCAACAAAUUCUUUGCUGCCGCGGGGAUGCUCAAGGACCCGCUUGAGAGGCUCCUGCAAGAAUUUAAACCGGACUGCUUGAUAGCCGAUAUGUUUUUCCCGUGGACGACUGAUGCCGCCGCGAAAUUCGACAUCCCGAGACUGGUUUUCCAUGGGACGAGCUUCUUCGCUCUCUCCGCGUCGGAGUGUAUCAGACUGUACACGCCGUUCAACAACGUUUCCUCUGAUUCCGAACCUUUCCUCGUUCCAACCCUCCCCGACGAGAUAAGACUGACGAGAAACCAGUUGGCGGAUUUUGCAAUGAAAGAAGGCGACGAAAAUGGGAUUCACAGGCUGAUUAAGGAAGCCAAGGAAUCCGAACUUAAGAGCUACGGAGUCGUCGUCAACAGCUUCUACGAGCUGGAACCGGCUUACGCUGAUCAUUACCGGAAUUUUCUUAAGAGAAAAGCAUGGCAUAUCGGACCCGUCUCGCUCUGUAACAAGACCGUCGAGGACAAAGCAGAGAGAGGAAAGAGAGCUUCCAUUGACGAAGACGAGUGCUUGAAAUGGCUGAACUCGAAGGCUCCAAACUCAGUCAUUUACAUCUGUUUUGGCAGCAUGGCCAACUUCAACUCAGCUCAGUUAAUGGAGAUCGCGACAGCCCUCGACGCUUCCGGGCAGGAAUUCAUCUGGGUGGUCAGAAGAGAGAAAAACGAAAACAACCAAGAGGACUGGCUGCCUGAAGGAUUUGAGCAGAGAACAGAAGGCAAAGGACUGAUAAUCCGAGGAUGGGCGCCUCAGGUGUUGAUUCUGGAGCACGAAGCAGUGGGAGGAUUUGUGACGCACUGCGGGUGGAACUCGACGCUGGAAGGGGUGACCGCCGGCAUGCCGAUGGUGACAUGGCCGGUGUCUGCAGAACAAUUUUACAACGAGAAGCUUGUGACGGAGGUGCUGAAGAUAGGGUUGAGUGUUGGGGUGAAGAAAUGGGUUAGGUCGGAGGGGGACUUCGUGAGCAGAGAAAAAGUUGAGCAGGCGGUGAGGGAGAUCAUGGUGGGAAGUGAAGCGGUGGAGAGGAGAAUGAGAGCUAAGGCUAUGGCGGACAUGGCGAGAGCAGCCGUGGAAAAGGGCGGCUCGUCUUACAAUGAUUUGAAUGCUCUGCUUCGAGAGGUCAGCUUAAUGCGUCGUCAACAAUCACAAAACCAGUGAAAAAAGAUUUCGUGCACGAUUUGCGCACGAGAUGAUAGUUUUUUUUUUUUUGUUUUUUUUUUAAAACUUAAAAUAAGGGUGUUUGAAUUAUCAAAUUCCUUUUUUGUAACUAAUGUCGUAUUAAGUAAAACAUAAAUAACUAUCCAGAUUAAAUAAUAUGUUCCCAAGUUAUCACGAUGUA